AUGGUAAAGGGUUGUACCAAGGAGAAUGAUCCAUCUGUGAGACUGAAAAUUGCAUCGUUACUGGGUUUAUUGUCGAAGACUGCAGGAUUUUCACCAGAUUGUAUUAUGGAUGAUGCCAUUAACAUCCUGCAGAAUGAAAAGUCUCAUCAAGUCCUAGCUCAACUGUUGGAUACUUUGCUUGUAAUUGGCACUAAACUCCCAGAGAAUCAAGCCAUCCACAUGCGAUUAGUUGAUGUAGCCUGCAAGCAUCUGACAGAUACCUCCCAUGGUGUAAGGAAUAAGUGCUUGCAAUUACUUGGCAAUCUUGGCUCUUUAGAGAAAAAUGUGACAAAAGAUGCAGAAGGCCAAGCUGUCAGAGAUGUCCAGAAGAUUAUAGGGGAUUACUUCAAUGACCAAGACUCACGUGUCAGAACAGCAGCUAUAAAAGCCAUGUUGCAGCUCCAUGAAAGAGGACUGAAAUUACACCAAACAAUAUAUAACCAGGCUUGUAAAUUGCUCUCUGAUGACUAUGAACAAGUGCGCAGUGCUGCAGUCCAGCUUAUCUGGGUUGUCAGUCAACUCUAUCCUGAAAGCAUUGUCCCAAUCCCUUCCUCUAAUGAAGAAAUUCGCUUAGUUGAUGAUGCGUUUGGAAAAAUUUGUCACAUGGUCAGCGAUGGCUCCUGGGUUGUUCGAGUACAAGCUGCAAAGCUAUUGGGCUCUAUGGAGCAAGUCAGUUCUCAUUUCUUGGAGCAGACACUUGACAAGAAGCUGAUGUCAGAUCUGAGGAGGAAACGUACUGCACAUGAGCGUGCCAAGGAACUUUACAGUUCAGGGGAGUUUUCCAGCGGCAGGAAGUGGGGAGAUGAUGCUCCCAAGGAAGAAGUAGAUACGGGUGCUGUGAACUUGAUUGAGUCAGGAGCUUGUGGAGCCUUUGUUCAUGGAUUGGAAGAUGAAAUGUAUGAGGUCCGCAUUGCUGCUGUGGAGGCACUCUGCAUGCUGGCCCAGUCUUCACCCUCUUUUGCUGAGAAGUGCCUUGAUUUCCUGGUUGACAUGUUUAAUGAUGAAAUUGAGGAGGUACGUCUACAGUCCAUACAUACCAUGAGAAAAAUCUCUAACAACAUCACCCUCCGAGAGGAUCAGCUUGACACUGUCCUGGCCGUAUUGGAGGAUUCAUCCAGAGAUAUUAGAGAGGCUCUUCAUGAACUCUUAUGCUGUACUAAUGUUUCAACCAAAGAAGGGAUUCAUCUUGCACUGGUGGAGCUACUGAAAAAUUUAACCAAGUACCCUACUGAUAGGGACUCCAUAUGGAAAUGCUUGAAGUUUCUGGGGAGUCGGCAUCCAACCCUAGUGCUUCCCUUGGUGCCAGAGCUCCUGAGCACCCACCCGUUUUUUGACACAGCUGAACCAGACAUGGAUGAUCCAGCUUACAUUGCAGUUUUGGUUCUUAUUUUCAAUGCUGCUAAAACCUGUCCAACAAUGCCAGCAUUGUUCUCAGAUCAUACCUUCAGGCACUAUGCCUACCUCCGGGACAGUCUUUCUCAUCUUGUUCCUGCCUUGAGGUUACCAGGUAGAAAACUAGUGUCAUCAGCCGUUUCCCCCAGUAUCACACCUCAUGAAGAUCCUUCCCAUCAGUUCCUGCAGCACAGCCUUGAAAGAGUGUACAGUCUUCAGCACCUGGACCCCCAGGGAACCCAGGAGCUGCUCGAGUUCACCAUCAGGGAUCUGCAGAGACUUGGAGAACUUCAGUCUGAACUGGCAGGAGUAGCUGACUUCUCAGCUACCUACCUUCAAUGUCAGCUUCUUCUCAUCAAGGCCUUGCAGGAAAAGCUGUGGAAUGUGGCUGCGCCCUUGUAUGUGAAGCAGAGCGAUUUGGCCUCAGCAGCAGCAAAACAAAUCAUGGAAGAGACCUACAAAAUGGAGUUCAUGUACAAUGGUGUGGAGAGUCAGCAGGUGGUGAUUAUACAUCACAUGAGGCUGCAGGCCAAAGCCUUGCAGCUUAUAGUGACAGCGCGAACUGCUCGAGGAGUUGACCCCUUAUUUGGGAUGUGUGAAAAAUUUUUGCAGGAAGUGGACUUUUUUCAGAGGUGUUUUAUUGCUGAUUUGCCCCAACUGCAGGACAGCUUUGUGGACAAACUUCUUGACCUUAUGCCCCGACUCAUGACAUCCAAACCUGCAGAAGUGGUCAAAAUCCUACAGACCAUGCUGCGGCAGAGUACCUUCCUGCACCUCCCACUUCCAGAGCAGAUCCACAAAGCCUCGGCCACCAUCAUUGAGCCAGCGGGCGAGUCCGACAACCCUUUGCGGUUUACAUCUGGGUUGGUGGUGGCCCUGGAUAUCGAUGCAACCCUGGAACAUGUGCACGACCCUCAGAGCACUGUAAAGGUCCAGGUCUUAUAUCCAGAUGGCCAGGCUCAGAUGAUCCACCCCAAGCCAGCAGACUUCCGGAAUCCUGGCCCAGGGCGGCACCGGCUUAUCACUCAGGUGUACCUCUCCCACACUGCCUGGACAGAACCAUGCCAGGUGGAAGUCAGGCUGCUGCUGGCCUACAACUCCAGUUCACGAAUCCCAAAAUCCCCCUGGAUGGAGGGUAGCGAGGUGUCACCCCAGGUGGAAACCAGCAUUGAGGGUACCAUCCCUUUCAGCAAGUCUGUUAAAGUUUACAUAAUGCCCAAACCAGCAAGGCGCUGAGUCACCAGCAGUCUUCACAGUCUUGGCCUAGGAGGUCCUUUUUUGGGUAUCAGAGUGAGCCAGAAGCCCAGAGCACCUCACCUGGAACUGUUGUAUAGACAUAAGGAGAAGCAUGACCCUGAGAGUAUCUUCUGGUAUCAAACACAAGAGAAAUUAUUUUGCAUUAAAAAACAAAAACACAUCAAGUCUAUACCACUCAAAUAAAGUUGAGAAAACACCCA